GUGAAACUGUUAAAAGAGAAAAAUAGCUGUUUUUUUUUCAGCGUCUCUGUACAUGUCGUGUCCCAUCCUCGUGUCCCAUGCAUCCGAGCCGGCGUGCUAUACGUUAUUGCUGGGAAUUCUAAUACACGUUCAUUGAGCGCAAACUAUGAGCUCGAGGUAUGAACCAGCAGAACACGCGAUGCAUCCGUUGGGCCGGCUUGUAGCAACUGUUCCACACAGUUGGUUGGUUGUUGCAUAUUCCACCUUUGUGGUGCAAGCGGGGCGACAUCAAUAACAUUAUUAUUCCAGGUGGGUAAUCAGAACAAUCGCCAGAGCAUCCACAUUUGAUUCGUUUUCAGAUAUUGCUUUGUGGUUGUGGAUGUGCAAUCAUAGUGAAUCCACAGCACUCGAACCUUUAAAUACUGAAAUGCAGACUCCCUGCAUCGUCAGACCUACCUCCUCAUAUUCUUUGCAACUGUACAUUGCUUAUUUCCAAACAUAAAUCAUGAAUUCGUUCAAGAAGAUUUUCCAAAAGUCUAACGACGACCAGAAUGCGUCGCUUAAGCAUUCUAGAUCGAUGCCAUACGGACUUUCUUCAGAAAAGAGGAAGUGCGAGCCUCUUCGUGACGAUUCUUCCAAACGCGCAUACCGUGGCAAGACUCCUCUUAAGAAGUCCGACAUCGUGUACGUCGAGCAAGCUCCAGGGAUGUUCGAGGUCUAUCACGGCAAACUGUCGCAACACACCUACUACCAUGGGCCAACUCACGCAAAUUCUGACCCACGCACGGACUUGCUGCCCAAGUUUCCCCAUUCCCCGGAACAAACUGAGGGCCUCCCUCGCAGCGGUUUCAGAGCGCUUUCUUUAAACUCAAAGAAUCUCAGGCGCCAAGUGUCUAUCCAUAAUUUUGAUGCAGGUAGUCGACAAGCCUACCCGCCCAUCUCUCACAGAAACCAGAGUGUCAGACAGGAAGAACGUAUUCGCGCCAAGUCCACCGCUGGUCGCUCGAACAUCCCUCAUCCCUCCGCUCCUGUUCCCCCUGUUCCCAACCCCCAUUCCCUUCAUCCAGCACUCUCGCGCCUCCCACACAGCUCACGCGUAAACAUUCGUGAAGUUCCAUCUCAUGUCGCUGUCCCCCAGACCUCCUGGGCUUACUCUAAAUACGAGGAGAUUUUACACGAGCGGGACCCUGCCGUACUCCGUGGGAUGAUCAAUCGUUAUCCCUUAACGCCUGUUUGCAGCGAACGUUGCCCAGAAGACAUGCGUCCCAUACAUUUUGACAUGGACGAGCCGCAGCGUACCCAGAUGACACUUCAACAGUGCAUCCAUACGGCAUUGACCCAAGGCCGUCCGCUCGAUGUACGCGCUGGUGGCCGUUACCACCGCAUCGUCGAUGCGAGUGAAGUAGGCAUCGUUCCAGAAAUUGGAACCGAUUGGUCUCGGCAGGGUGGUCGUCGGUGAUUUGUGAGGACGGAGGUUAGUUUGUGAAGAGCGUUUUGGUGCUGGUUCACCUGUAUACGUAUUCCGUGUCGCGUGUUAUGUAUAUGUAUAUGUAUAUGAUUUAUAGAGAGCGUUAU